AUGAUCGAACAUAGUCUGUUUUUAUCAUCAUGGAGGGCCAUGGCAACAAACAGAAGCGGUGCGCAGCGGGCGAACGGCGCGCCGCAGACGAAGGUGUGCCAGUUCAAGCUGGUGCUGCUGGGCGAGUCGGCUGUGGGCAAGUCGUCGCUGGUGCUGCGCUUCGUCAAGGGCCAGUUCCACGAGUACCAGGAGAGCACCAUCGGGGCGGCGUUUCUCACGCAGACGCUGUGCCUCGAUGACACAACCGUAAAGUUCGAAAUUUGGGACACGGCGGGACAGGAGAGAUAUCACAGCUUAGCACCCAUGUACUAUAGAGGAGCACAGGCAGCUAUCGUAGUUUACGACAUCACUAAUCAGGACACUUUCGGCCGCGCCAAGAACUGGGUGAAGGAGCUGCAGCGGCAGGCGUCGCCGUCGAUCGUGAUCGCGCUGGCCGGCAACAAGAACGACCUCGCCGCCAAGCGGAUGCGCCAAGACCGCCAUGAACGUCAACGACAUCUUCCUAGCGAUCGCGAACAAGUUACCAAAGAGCGAGAGCGGGGGCGGAGGCGCAGCGGGCGGGGCGAGGCGAUUGGCGGACGGCGAGCAGCCGAGGGCCUCUACCUGCUGCAAGUGAUACCGCCAGAAGCAGACUGUUGGAAAGUGGGGCGGCGCGCGGUUGAUGAGGCCACGGCUUCGUAA